AUGUCCGGAGACCGGCUUUCGGUCGGCUGCUCUGUGGGCCCAGCCAUGUUGGGUUGCGUGCCCUGGGCGGUGAUCGCCACCUUCCUCACGGACUACCUCAGCACGGACGGGCGGAUGGGUCUGGCGGCGGCCACACGGGUGAUGCUGGCCUUCGGGGUGGGCUGCGCCUUGGGCACCUCGGUGGGCGGGAAGCUGGGGCAGCGGCUCUACAAGAAGGACAAGAAACUUCUGGCAUGGCUUAUGGCCAUCUGCGCAUGUGGCGGUAUGAUCCCGUUGCUUCUCCUCUUCUCCUGUGCUGGCCAGAUUGCUCCGCACUGGCUUAUGCCUCUGGCACUUGUGGGGGGUGCACUUGAAGCGAUCACCGGCAACAACGCCAAGGCGGUGCUGUUGAACACGGUGCCCGCCCACUGCCGCGGUUCGGUUUUUGGAAUCUACAACAUCAUGGACGACUUAGGGAAAGGUCUGGGCCCCGUGGUGGUCGCCAGCUGGGAAGGCUUCCUGGGCCGAAAGGGCGCCUUUCUGCUGGGCUUGUCCUUUUGGCUGCCCUGCUCGGUGAUCUGCUGCCUCAUGGCCAGGACCUUUACCAAGGAUUCGGAGGACCCGUGCUUGGAGCUCAGUUUGAGGCAGCCCGCACCCGCAAGCGAAGAGGUCUCUUAGUGCCCGGCCUUCGCCUUUCCCGAGGAGAGGGGACACAAGAAGCCUGUCCUAGGGUGUGUUUGCCAAAGUGAAUUCCCGA